AUGAUCAAACAUGGCAACUUUGGCGGUUGUGCAGCUUUUGUCUCUGUUUCCUUUUAUAACUGGUUAUUUGCGCGCGCGCGUUUUUUUUUUUUAAAUUCUUUUUCUUUUUCUUGCUUUCUUUCUGUUUUUGUUUCUUUUGUCGUUGUUUCUUUCUUUUUUUUUUGUUUCUUUCUUCAAACAUCUUACAUUUUCCUCCGUUUUUUUCUUUCUUUCUUAACUUCUUUCUUUCUUUCUUUCUUUGAUCAGACAAUGUUUUUCGUUUCUUUCUUUGUUCUGUUAGCAUUCUUUUUUUCUUUAUUCUAUCGAACUUACUUCCUUUCUUUUUUCUUUUCUUUCUGUCUUUGUGAUUUGCUUUCUUUCUUACUUCCAUCUAUCAAUUCCUUUACUUUCUUCUUUUCAUUAAAUCUCAUUCCGUUCUUUUCUGUUUCUCUCUAUUAUUAUCUUUCUUUCUUUCUUUUUUGCUUUGUUUGUUUGUUUCUUUCUUUCGUUCAUUCGUUCUAUCUUUCUCAUUGUUUUCCGUUUCUUACUUUCUUCUAUUACCUCUUUCUUUCUUCCUUUCUUUCUUUUUUCUUUCUUCUUUCUUUCUUUGAUUUAUCAUUGUUUUGGGUUUUUUUUCUUUUUUAUUCUUUGAUCUUGCCUUGUCAUUCGUUCUUUUCUUUCUUUCUUUCUUUCUUUCUUUCUUUCUUUCUUUCUUUAGCAUUGAUUUUUCAAUUGUUUCUUUGCUCUCCAUUUUUUGUCUCUCAAUUUGGUCUUUUCUCAUCUCUUUUUCGUUUAUCGGGCCUCCAUUUUGGCCCGUGCAUCGCCUUCCUUUCUCUUUCGCUUUCAUUGAUUUCUUUUCCCUUUUUUUCUAUUCAGUUGCCAUUUUAUUUCUCUUUUCUUUUUCUCUUCUUCGCAUUCUUUCUCUCUUUUUCUUCUUCGACUGCGGCUAUGAUUUUCUUCUCAUCUCUCUCCCUUUCUCUCUCUCUCUCUCUCUCUCUCCUUGGCUAUCUACGCAUCUUCCCUUUCUUCUCGCUAUCGCAAUCUUUAAAGACAAGUUGUUAA